CAAAGUACCAAAACACUCACCAAAAUCCCUAGGCAAAUACAUUAUUUUUCUAUCUUCAUCCCUCCCUUGUAGAUAUCAUCCAAACUCAUUAGUACAAAUAACAGCUCUUUCACUAAUAGUAAAGUUGACAUGGCUCGAUUCAGGUCAAUUCUCACUAUAAUUGGCAUUAUUUGUGUGAUCUUCCCAUUUACCUCUAAUGCAACUGAACAUCCUGUUUAUCAAAGGCCUAAAGAAGAAGAAAAGAGCAAUUCACAAAUCUAUAUUGUUCAUUGUGAGUUCCCUGAUGAGGAUAGGGCUACCAGAUAUCAAGAUUUAGAUAGCUGGUAUCUUUCUUUCUUGCCUGCAACAACCUCGGAUAGUUCUCGUGAGGUGCCACGUUUGAUCUAUUCGUAUCGCAAUGUUCUAACAGGUUUUGCAGCUAAAUUAUCGCCAGAGGAUCUAAAGGAAAUGGAGAAAAUGGAAGGGUUUAUUUCAGCACACCCCGAAAAGGUACUCGAUUUAUACACCACACAUAGUGUCAGUUUCAUGGGAUUGCACCAGAACAUGGGGUUCUGGAAUGACUCGAAUUAUGGGAAAGGCGUGAUCAUUGGAGUCAUUGACACGGGAAUUUUCCCGGACCACCCUUCAUUUAGCGAUGACGGGAUGCCACCUCCUCCUGCUAAAUGGAAGGGUAAGUGUGAAUUUAAUGUCACAAAGUGUAACAACAAGCUCAUUGGAGCAAGGUACUUCCAGUCGUCAGGGAACGGUACCCCGUGGGACGAAAACGGACAUGGUACACAUACUGCUAGCACGGCUGCUGGACGUUUCGUGCCAGGUGCUAACAUUUUUGGCAAUGCUAACGGCACUGCCGCGGGCGUUGCACCUCUUGCUCAUGUUGCCGUUUACAAAGUGUGCUCUGCUCUCACUUGUUCCGAGAGCGACAUUUUGGCUGCAAUGGAUAUGGCUAUUGAGGAUGGUGUCGACGUGCUUUCGCUUUCCCUUGGUGGACAAAGAAAUAAUUUCUACCAAGACAACAUUGCACUUGGUGCAUUUAGUGCUAUGGAAAAGGGAAUCUUUGUCAGCUGUGCUGCUGGAAAUUCAGGACCAUCCAGUUUUUCAACGGCUAACGAAGCGCCCUGGAUUUUAACCGUUGGUGCAAGCACUAUCGACAGGAAAAUCAAGGCCGCUGCUGUGCUUGGAAACAACCAAGAAUUCGACGGAGAAUCAGCAUUUCAACCUAGUGACUUCCCACCAACACUGUUGCCUCUUGUUUAUCCUGGAAGCAAUGCUAGUGAUUUUUCUGCUAUAUAUUGUACCCCUGCUUCAUUGAACAACACAAAUGUCACGGGAAAGAUAGUGUUGUGUGAACGUGGCUUAACGGCACAAGUCGAUAAAGGAAAAGCAGUGAAGGAAGCUGGCGGUGCUGCCAUGAUUCUUAUGAAUCCACAAUCCUGGGCUAACACAACAUUAGCCGAGGCACAUGUCCUACCCGUGACACACGUUACCUAUGCAGAUGGUCUGAAAAUCAAAGAUUACAUAAACUCAACAACAACCCCAACUGCAACAAUCGUGUUCAAGGGAACUAUAAUCGGAGAUGAUCGUGCUCCAGUGGUUGCUGGAUUUUCAUCGAGGGGCCCAAAUUAUGCAAGUCCUGGAAUUCUCAAACCGGACAUUAUUGGCCCUGGUGUUAACAUUCUAGCAGCUUGGCAUAUUUCCUUGGAGAACAACACCAACACAAACUCGACAUUUAACAUGAUCUCAGGCACAUCAAUGUCUUGUCCUCAUCUAAGUGGCGUCGCAGCGCUACUAAAAAGUGUUCACCCUGAUUGGUCUCCAGCUGCAAUUAAGUCAGCAAUUAUGACAACAGCCGAUGUCUUAAACCUUGGAUCCAAAUUAAUUGAGGAUGAGACGUACCUUCCAGCUGAUGUCUUUGCCACGGGUGCAGGCCAUGUUAAUCCAAAGAAAGCAAAUGAUCCCGGUCUUAUAUAUGACAUAGAACCAUCCGAUUACUUACCUUAUUUAUGUGGUUUGAAUUACACGAACAGACAAGUUGGGCUCUUUUUGCAGCGCAAAGUUAAUUGUUCGGAGAUAACAAGAAUCUUAGAUGGUCAACUAAAUUAUCCAUCGUUUUCGAUUCAAGUCAGAAUCAACUCAACAGCUCAAGUAUAUUCAAGAACUGUGACGAAUGUAGGACAAGCCAACUCAACAUACAGAGUUGAAAUUGAUUCACCACCGGGCCUUGAUGUGAAAGUUGAUCCAAUUACACUUGUUUUUACCGAGGUGAAACAAAAACUGAGUUAUCAAGUUACAUUUACACCUUCGGCUACUAGACCAAGUACCAUAUAUUAUAAUCAGGGAUCUCUUAGUUGGAUGUCUGAAAACUAUAUUGUUAGGAGCCCCAUUGGUGUUCGAUUUUCCUUUUUCUGAAGAAACAAAUGAAGGAUCUGAUCUCAUACACACUGAUUAAGAAUUUUCAUUUGCAAUAAAACCAUCUUCAAGGUGUUAACUUUCGUAUAUUAUUCCGCGUGUUUAGUCAUGUGUCUACAUUGUAAAUGUAUCUUCUUCUUUUUUGUUUUUCUUCUUUUCAUUUGCAAUAAAAACAAAUAUUAUGCUA